CACCUGAAGGUUUCCACAUUAUUUCCCUCUGACUGGACUGGAGAGCAAAGAUGCCAAUCAUGGAGAAAGAAUCGUGCAGAGACCGAGACAGCCAAGUGCUGCCGAAAGUCCCUGUGCCCCCGCUGAAACAAACCCUCGACACGUACCUGAAGUGUGUCCAGCCCCUGGUGAAAGAGGAGCAGUUUAAGAAGACGAAGGCCAUCGUGGAGAAGUUUGGGGCUACAGGAGGGAUCGGAGAGAUGCUGCAAAAGAAGCUUCUAGAAAGGAGGGAGAAGACAAACAACUGGGUGUAUGAGUACUGGCUGGAGGACAUGUACCUGAACAACAGGUUGGCUCUGCCCGUUAACUCCAGUCCGGUCAUGGUGUUUCCUAAGCAGACGUUCAGGGAUCAGAAAGAUGCUCUCAGAUUUUCUGCUCGCCUCAUCAGAGGAGUUCUGGCCUACAAGGCUCUCAUUGAUGUGCAAGCUCUGCCGGUGGAUUUUGCUCGAGGCCAGCUAGCCGGGACUCCUCUGUGCAUGGAGCAAUACUACCGCCUCUUCACCUCCUACCGACACCCGGGGCUGAAGACAGACACACUGAAGGUCCAGAUGAACGCGGCCUCCUCAGUGCCAGAGCACAUCAUUGUGGCAUGCAAGAACCAGUUUUUCAUGUUGGAUGUAACCCCAAGUGGCAAGCAGCUCAAUGAGACAGAGAUCUUUUCUCAACUUGAGAAAAUCCUGAAAACAGCAAACAGCGCUGAAGAGAAACUCCCUCCUUUUGGCCUCCUGACAUCUGACGGGAGAACAGAGUGGGCUCAAGCCAGAGAUGUCCUAACAAAAGAUCAGAUCAACAAAGACUCACUGGCCCUGAUUGAGAGCUGCAUUUGUGUGGUGUGUCUGGACGAACCUAGUGGUCUGGAGCCCAGAGAUACGACCAGGGCUCUGCUGAUGCUGCAUGGCGGAGGCAGGGAGAAGAAUGGGGCAAACCGCUGGUAUGAUAAGUCAAUGCAGUUUGUUGUAGGAAUGGACGGAGUAUGUGGAGUCGUGUGCGAGCAUUCAGCGUUUGAGGGAAUAGUCCUGGUGCAGUGCUCGGAAUAUGUCAUGAGAUACAUAACAGGUACUCCAUCCAAGAUGGCGAGUGCAGCCAGUGUCAGAGAACUUCCCCCUCCAAGACGGCUGCUCUGGAAAUGUAACGCACAUAUCCAGGGACUCCUAACAGAAGCUGGAGACAGACUCCAAAGGCUGGUGAAUAAUCUCGACAUGGAUGUUUUCAAGUUCGAUGCAUAUGGGAAAGAUUUGAUCAAAAAACAGAAGAUGAGUCCGGAUGCAUUCAUACAAGUUGCCUUACAACUUGCAUUUUUCAAAUGCAGAGGAAGGCUCGUGUCCACCUAUGAGAGCGCGUCCAUUCGACGUUUCCAAGAUGGUCGAGUGGAUAACAUUCGCUCUGCCACCCCUGAGGCCCUGGCUUUUGUUAAGUCCAUGACAGAUGAGAGGGUCACUUACACCGAUUCGGAAAAAAUGAAGCGACUGAGGGAUGCAAUUAGUUCCCAGACAAACUAUACAAUUGCAGCUAUUACAGGAAUGGCGAUAGACAAUCAUCUCCUCGGGCUCCUAAGGAUCUCAAAGGAGCUCAACAUGGAGAAACCGGACAUCUUCUGUGAUGAGACAUUUGUGGCCAGUAAUCAGUUCAUCCUCUCUACCAGUCAGGUCCCCACCAACGUAGAAAUGUUCUGCUGCUACGGCCCGGUGGUUCCCAACGGCUACGGGGCCUGUUACAACCCACAGUCAGACCACAUCCUCUUCUGCGUGUCCAGCUUCUGGGAGAACACAGAGACGAGCUCGGCUGUUUUCGUCAAAGCCCUGAACGAGGGCCUGCUGGAAAUCAGGGACUUGUGCAAUAGAAGCAGUGCUGCAGCAAGCAAACCGGCUGAUACAGGCCAGGGAGCGGGCCAGCCUCAAAAAUCAGGGAAGUAA